UUUGCCUGUGAUGCGUGGCCAUCUUGCAUGUUGACAGUCAACUCAUGUGAUGCCACAUCCGGGGAACAAGAAAACACAUCCACCGGAGCUUUGUGGGAGCAGCAGUCCCCUGUGGCCCAGCAGCAUCCUCCCGCCCUCAUUGCUCUCCUGAUCUCAGAUCUAUAGACGCGUCUCUCUCCGGGCGCAGCGUCCCCUCCACGCUCCGCGACGCGGGACCUUCGCUCUGUGGGGUGAACACGGAAGAGCCACCCGAGUGCUAUGGAUGAGGACAACAGCUACGCCCCCAACCUACACACCCCCUGUGGCAGGUUUUUGAAAGUUUUAUUUUGGUGACACUCCCCUAAACCAUGCCGGCUGGAGUUUGGAGUCCUGAGUUGGAGACAUGGAUUUUACGCGGGGGGUUUGGCAGCUCCUUCUUCAGAAACCCGAAGAACUCAACUCUGGAAAUGAUGCUGUGAAUCUCAGAGUUUCAUAUCUGUAAGUAAAUUCUAGUACAGGAGAAUCAGGAUGAAAAGAUGGCAGCCAUGCUGUUACCAACGGGUCCUGAUGGCUUGCGGCGGUUCACUCGCGAGUCCUUGGCUGCCAUGGAGCAGCGGAUUGCCCAGGAGCAAGCCAAGAACACCAAGGUUUGCCAUGAGGCGUACAGGAACGCAGAGCCACCAAAACCCAGGGCCGACCUGGAGGCAGGCAAGCAGCUGCCACGCAUCUUCGGUGACAUCCCCACAGAACUUAUCGGGGUGCCGCUGGAGGACAUCGAUCCAUUUUACUACAAGAACAAGAGGACUUUUAUAGUACUUAACAAAGGGAAGGCCAUCUUCAGAUUCAGUGCCACAUCUGCACUUUACAUAUUAAGUCCAUUUCACUUCAUCAGAUCAAUCGCCAUAAAAGUUUUAGUCCAUUCAUUGUUUAGCCUGUUCAUAAUGUUCACUAUACUGACCAACUGUUUCUUCAUGGCCAUGUCUGAUCCGGCACCAUGGACCAAGUACCUGGAGUAUACGUUCACUGCCAUUUACACAUUUGAGUCAGCGAUAAAGAUAUUUGCAAGAGGAUUCUGUUUGUUGCCGUUUACCUUCUUGAGAGACCCAUGGAACUGGCUCGACUUCACCGUCAUUCUCAUGGCAUAUUUGACAGAAUUUGUAGAUCUUGGAAACGUCUCUGCAUUGAGAACCUUCAGAGUACUGCGAGCCCUUAAAACCAUCUCAGUCAUACCAGGUCUGAAGACCAUUGUUGGUGCACUGAUCCAGUCUGUGAGGAAGCUGGCAGAUGUGAUGAUCCUAACGGUCUUCUGUCUCAGCGUGUUCGCCCUCAUCGGCCUGCAGCUUUUCAUGGGGCUCUUGCGACAAAAGUGCGUCCGCAGUCUCACACACUGCGUCAACUCCUCCUACAGCUACAACGCCUCCUUCAUUUGUAACAACAGAACCUGGAGCUCCAGGGCAGACUUCCUCACUAAUGAAGAUAAUUUUUACAAAGUUGAAGGAGCAAAGGAUGCCUUAAUAUGUGGAUACGGAAGUGAUGCAGGGAAGUGUCCAGAUGGAUUUGACUGCCUAAAAGUGGGAAGAAAUCCGAACUACGGCUACACCAGUUUUGACACUUUCGGCUGGGCUUUCCUGGCCCUUUUCCGACUCAUGACGCAAGACUACUGGGAAAAACUCUUUCAUCAGACCCUGCGCUCAGCAGGGAAGACCUACAUGAUUUUCUUUGUGCUGGUAAUCUUCCUGGGCUCUUUCUACCUGGUCAACCUCAUCCUGGCUGUCGUGGCAAUGGCUUACGAGGAGCAGAAUCAGGCAACCAUUGCUGAGGCCUGGCAGAAAGAGAGAGAGUUUCAGCUGGCUAUGGAGCACCUUCGACAAGAGCAAAGAUUGGCAAAGAGACAAGCCCAGGAGACCGACUCAGUGUUAUCCCCAGAGGUGUCUCCAUUUUGUCUGAAGACAGGAAGUAUACGACGAAACAGCAGCAGAAGAAGAAGAUCCCACAGGAUGUUGUCAGAGGAGACCGAAGAGGAAGCUGCUGAAGAGAAGUUCGACGCAAUGGACGAGCCAAUGCCUCAUCUGUCGCCCCUGCCCGUCCACCCUCUGCUGGCAACGCUCUCCUCUCACCCCCUCAGCACCAGGAGAGGAAGCCAGGUCAGCAUGUUCAGCUCUUUCCGGGCACGCAACAACUCGGAGGCCGACUACGGGGACGACGAGUACAGUGUUCACGGGGACGCCUUCAGGAGUCGGGCCAGUUCAAUGGCAACGCCCUGGAAGAGGAGGACGGGCAGUGUGAGGAGUCACUGCUCCCAAAUCUUGACCCCCAGCCUCAACAUCAACGGCCGGCUCAAUAUUUCCCUAGACCAGAAUGGAGUCACUGCUGUGGGCCUGCUCACUCCAACCUCCAUGCCUGCUUACAGCAUGGAGAGGGUCAGAGAAGACACAAAACCCACCAAUGCAGAGGAACCAGUUCCCAGACAUCUCCUCCAGCCUUCCCCGACAGUUACCGAGCCUCCUCAGGUGCACAGGAAAAGAGGGUUGAGCUCUGUCAGUUUCUUCAGUGAUGCCAUCGAUGAGCUUCAGGUGUCGAGGCAGAAGUGCCAUCCCUGCUGGUACACGUUUGCCAAGAAGUACCUGAUAUGGGACUGCUGCCCCUGGUGGCUGAAGCUGAAGGAGUGGGUGAAGUUCAUGGUAAUGGAUCCUUUCCUGGAUCUAGGCAUCACCAUAUGCAUUGUGCUGAACACUCUCUUCAUGGCCUUGGAGCACUACCCCAUGACCGAUGAGUUCAACACCAUGCUCUCAGUGGGCAAUCUGGUGUUUACAGGGAUCUUUACAGCUGAGAUGGUGCUGAAGCUGGUUGCCAUGGACCCGUACUACUACUUCCAACAGGGCUGGAACAUCUUUGACGGGGUCAUAGUUUGCCUCAGUCUCAUGGAGUUGGGUCUUUCCAAUGUUGAGGGGCUGUCUGUCCUGCGCUCAUUUAGACUGUUGCGAGUCUUCAAACUAGCCAAGUCCUGGCCAACUCUCAACACGCUCAUCAAGAUCAUCGGCAACUCAGUGGGUGCCCUGGGAAACCUGACACUGGUGUUGGCCAUUAUCGUCUUCAUUUUCGCUGUGGUGGGCAUGCAGCUGUUUGGCAAAAACUAUCAGGAUUUUGUGUGCAAGAUCUCCAUUGACUGUCAGCUGCCUCGCUGGCACAUGAAGGACUUCUUCCACUCUUUCCUGAUCGUGUUCCGCGUGCUGUGCGGCGAGUGGAUCGAGACCAUGUGGGAUUGUAUGGAAGUGGCAGGUCAGCCCCUCUGCAUCCUGGUGUUCAUGUUGGUCAUGGUCAUAGGGAACUUGGUGGUGCUGAAUCUCUUUCUGGCCCUGCUGCUCAGCUCCUUCAGCUCUGACAACCUCUCGGCUCCAGACGAAGACGGUGAUUUGAAUAACAUCCAGAUCGCCAUCGCCCGAAUCCAGUCCGGUGUCUCCUGGCUCGUGACGAGUGUCGGCAACCUCUUCAACCGCGGCUCGAAGCGGCAGAAGCAGAAGGCCAAAGAAGCCAGUCAGGCCAUCAAGCUGGUCGGCAAUCAUGUGGAGAGCAAUGGGGGGAUUUUUGUAUGCUACGGGGAGAAAUACAUCAUCCCAGAGGAGGACAGCUACAUGACCAACCCAAACCUGACGGUCAUUGUUCCCAUCGCACCUGGAGAGUCGGAUGUGGAGUUCCUCGAAGAAGAGGAGAUUUCAGAGUCAUCAGAGGAUGAGGACAACAAGCCGGAGAUGAUCAGCCUGUCAGAAGGCAGCACGGUGGACCUGAGGAAGCCUGGAGAAGAGAUAGAGAACAUAUCAGAGCUGGCUGAGGAGAGCAUGGAGCCCGAGGAAUGCUUCCCAGAAUUGUGCAUGAGGCACUGUCCGUGCUGUAACAUCGACACCAGCCAGGGUCUGGGCGAGGCCUGGUGGAGGCUGAGAAAGACCUGCUACCAGAUCGUGGAGCAUAGCUGGUUUGAGACCUUCAUCAUUUUCAUGAUCCUGCUCAGCAGUGGUGCCCUGGCGUUCGAGGACAUCUACAUCGAGAAGAGAAAAGUGGUGAAGGUGGUGCUGGAAUAUGCCGACAAAGUCUUCUCCUACAUCUUCGUGCUCGAGAUGUUCCUCAAGUGGAUCGCGUAUGGCUUCAAGAAAUAUUUCACCAACUACUGGUGCUGGCUCGACUUUCUGAUCGUGGAUGUGUCCUUGAUAAGCCUGGCGGCAAAUUCACUGGGAUAUUCCGACUUUACUGCCAUCAAGUCCCUGAGGACCCUCCGGGCUCUGAGACCUCUCAGGGCUCUGUCCAGAUUUGAAGGCAUGCGGGUGGUCGUGAACGCCCUGAUAGGAGCAAUCCCCUCCAUCAUGAACGUGCUGCUCGUGUGUCUCAUCUUCUGGCUCAUCUUCAGCAUCAUGGGAGUCAACCUGUUCGCCGGCAAGUUCGGCAAGUGUGUGAACCGAACGGGCUUCAUCCACAGUGUCGCUCUGGUCAACAACAAGUCCGAGUGCCUCGCCAUGAACGACACCCAGUUCUACUGGACAAAGGUGAAGGUCAACUUCGACAACGUGGGACUCGGGUACCUCUCCCUCCUGCAAGUGGCUACAUUUAAAGGCUGGAUGGAGAUAAUGCAUGCAGCUGUUGAUUCCAGAGGAGUGGAAGAACAGCCCAUCAGAGAGAUCAACCUCUACAUGUACAUAUACUUUGUCGUCUUCAUCAUAUUCGGCUCCUUCUUCACCCUCAAUCUCUUCAUUGGUGUCAUAAUUGACAAUUUCAAUCAGCAGAAAAGAAAGUUAGGUGGACAGGAUAUCUUCAUGACCGAAGAACAGAAGAAGUACUAUAACGCUAUGAAGAAACUGGGAUCUAAAAAGCCACAAAAACCAAUACCAAGGCCUGCGAACAUUGUCCAAGCCUUCUUCUUCGACCUUGUGUCCAAGCAAGCCUUCGACAUCAUGAUCAUGAUGCUCAUUAUCGUCAACAUGGUGACCAUGAUGGUGGAAACAGACGAGCAGUCAGAGCGCAUGGAGUCCAUCCUCAACAAGAUCAACCUGGUCUUCAUCGUGAUCUUCACCACGGAAUGCCUGAUCAAGAUCUUUGCCCUCCGCUGUUAUUUCUUCACUGUUGCGUGGAACAUCUUUGAUUUUGUGGUGAUAAUUCUGUCCAUUGUGGGGAUUGUUCUUGCUGACAUCAUUGAGAAGUACUUUGUAUCUCCGACCUUGUUUCGAGUCAUCCGCCUGGCGAGGAUAGGACGUGUACUCCGACUCAUACGUGCAGCCAAAGGAAUAAGAACUUUACUCUUUGCCUUAAUGAUGUCCAUGCCGGCGCUGUUCAACAUUGGCCUCCUGCUUUUCCUCGUCAUGUUCAUCUAUGCGAUCUUUGGAAUGGCGAACUUCGCCUAUGUGAAAAAACAGGACGGCGUCGACGACAUGUUCAACUUUGAGACUUUUGGAAAUAGCAUGAUCUGCCUUUUUCAGAUCAGCACCUCUGCAGGCUGGGACAACCUCCUGAGUCCAAUAAUGUCCAACUCCCCAGACGAGUGUGACGUCAACUUUGUCAACACUGGCACCAACACCCGGGGAAACUGUGGCAGCCCGUCAGUGGGCAUCACUUUCUUUGUCAGUUACAUUAUAAUAUCCUUCCUCAUUGUGGUUAAUAUGUAUAUAGCUAUCAUCCUGGAGAACUUCAGCGUUGCCACGGAGGAAAGCACAGAGCCGCUGAGCGAGGAUGACUUUGAGAUGUUUUAUGAGGUCUGGGAGAAGUUUGACUCCGAGGCCACACAGUUUAUUGAGUUUUCCAUGCUGUCCAGCUUUGCUGACACCUUGUCUGAGCCGCUGCGCAUCGCCAAGCCCAACAGGAUCAAGCUGAUCUCCAUGGACCUUCCCAUGGUCAGUGGAGACAGGAUCCACUGCCUGGACAUCCUGUUUGCCUUCACAAAGCGUGUGCUCGGAGAGUCGGGCGAGAUGGACGCGCUCAAGCAGCAAAUGGAGGAGAAGUUCAUGGUGACGAACCCCUCCAAGAUUUCCCACGAGCCCAUCACCUCCACACUGCGCCGCAAACUGGAGGAGGUGUCCGCGGUCAUCAUCCAGAGGUGUUACAGGAGGCACCUGGUGCGCCGGCAGAUGAAACAGGCAUCCUACCUCUACAGACAAAUAAACUACGAGACCGUGGUGGAUGUGGAGAACGCUCCGGAGACAGAGGGGCUGAUAGCAACCAUGAUACAGCACUACGGGCCCGUGGGGGUGGAGAUUGAACAGACCGGCGACGACACUCUGAUGUCCUCACCUCCAUCUUAUGACAGUGUGACCCGGGUAGCCACCAGGGAUCUCUCUGAGGUCAUCAGAUCAAUAUCCGGAGACUCUAAACUCGGGGAGCCCGGUGAAAACUAUGAGGAAACCUUCCUUUGACUCGACUGUGCGGCGAGUGAAUGUGUGGUUUUGGUCUGUUUUGUUUACAGCAGAGAAUAUAGCCUAAAAUAACUCGUGGUCAAAGAGGUGGAUUUUUUUUAUACAUAUAUAUUAUAUUAGCAGAUGCCGAAGAAAUAUGCAAUAUUUUUAAGUAACUCACAGCCUCCGUUUAAGCAGAACAACCCAGGAGUCCGUUUUGUCACAGUUACAUUCUCCACCAGCUCUGAACUAAGUCGUCCUCACUCAACAGAAAAUGAAGAAAUUGAUGAAUCUAUUAAUCUACAACAUGGAUUACACACGGGUUUACAUGAGUUAACGGCAUUCAGUUUUGUUUUGUUUUAACACACAUCAACUUGACUAUAGGAAACUUUUGUGAAUGUUAACUUCCUUAAUUAUGAUUUACAUCACAAUACUAGGAAUGUUAUUUUCCCCCCCAGACAUCUUUCAGUGGAAUUUAUAUCCUGAGCAAAAUAUCUUACCACGAGACAGACGACAUGAGAGACUCCACCUUGCAGCUGAUAAACCAACAGACUGAAGCUAAAAGCAGAUGGAGAAUAUUGAGCAGAAUGAAAAUUCCUGCUAAAUAAUUCCCAGUAACUUUCUAUAUACUGCAGCCUGCAGCCUAUGUUGCCAACUCAUGUCGACAUGAGAAAUUUGCUGAAGCUGCUGUGACGUUCUUAUUCAGGUUUCACUAAUAUUUAUUUAAACUAAAUAAUGCUUUUUAAAAUUUCCAAUCUAGAUAAAAACAUUUAAAAUAUUUUAAAGAAAACGUUUAACAAAUUGCACGACAUGAAAUUAUCCCUUUUUCAUGCACUUUGAUAGAGUGAAGGUGAUUUACAAGGAAAGUUAUCACAGUGACAUGGUGAAAAGUGGAUUAAGCGUAUUCAUUUCAUGACAGAAAAAUGAAAAGAAAAGCAUAAUUUCCAGUUUUGUUAUUACUUGCUCUUCGUAUGAAAAUAUAUCUAAAGAAUAGUUAAAAAAUGUUCUCAAAUAAUCGUUUUGCAGUUAUUCGGUUGAACACGGCACAAGAUUAAUUUGUGUUUGAUUUGUGUUGAUUACUAAGAAAGGUUGUGUACUCUAAUAAUCCCUGAAUUAUGUGCCUGAUUUUGAUUGUCGUCCGCACACUUCUCUGAACCUCUGUAGACCAUUUAAUUUGAUCUGAUGGAUGUGGGUUGCACGCAUGAGUGCACUGAAAAGCUCAUUUUGUAAUUAACCGUGUAAAUAGCUUCGAGGCUGUGUAAAGUAUGUAAAGCUAAUUUCUACCUGGUUUUUUUUGUAAUGUAUUUAUAUUGAAAGACUCUCACUGACACAUGGCCACGACACACAUAUGAUCAAAUUAUAUAAAUACACGAUGUUCAUUUUUAUAUAAAAGACUUUCCUUGAGAGCCUGAUUGUCUGUAUUGCAUUUAGGUUGAUCACUUCGUGGACUCUUUUAUUAAAUGGUAGUAAAAACUGUUUGAUUAUUUGAUGGUUUUCCAAAUCUGAAUGCGGCUCAAAUAGUAGAUUAUGGUUUGGAUUAUUCUGAAAAAAUCGACUU